UCUCCAACUAGAUAAUUCGUCUUUGAGUUCAAUGAGUGGAGAGUAGACAUGAACUGAAUAGACAGAAAUCCAUAAAGCAUUGUGAGAAUAUUCCGCUUGAGGAAACCCCUCAGACACAAAACCAACUGCAGUCAUAACGAAGAUGCAACGAUGACUCAACCACAGCUGAAUGAGUUCAUUCCCCCUCCGGAGUGUCCUGUUUUUGAGCCCAGCUGGGAGGAAUUUGCCGACCCUUUUGCGUACAUCAACAAAAUACGGCCCAUUGCAGAGAAAACUGGCAUCUGCAAAGUCCGACCGCCACCCGACUGGCAGCCCCCGUUUGCCUGUGAUGUUGACAGACUGAAGUUCACACCGCGGAUACAAAGACUUAACGAGCUAGAGGCUCAGACCAGAGUGAAGCUUAACUUUUUGGAUCAAAUAGCAAAAUUCUGGGAGCUUCAAGGAUGCACUCUGAAAAUCCCUCAUGUGGAGAGAAAGAUUUUGGACCUUUACCAACUGAAUAAGCUGGUGAAUGAAGAAGGAGGUUUCGAUGCGGUGUGCAGAGAGAGGCGAUGGACAAAGAUAUCCGUUAAGAUGGGGUUUGCCCCUGGAAAAGCCAUUGGCUCUCAUCUGCGGGCACACUAUGAGAGGAUCCUGUACCCAUACAACCUGUUUCAGACUGGAGACAAUCUGCCAAAAGCCACCUUGACAAAUGACACUAAAGAUAAGGAGUACACCCCUCAUGACCUGCCGCAGAGACAGUCUGUCCAGCCUCAAGAGACCUGCAGCAUUGCUCGCAGAGCAAAAAGGAUGAGAUCAGAAAGAGGCUGUGUUAAAACUGAGCCUGAAGACAUCUGUGAGAACCGUCCCAAUCUCAGGAGGAGGAUGGGCACAUAUGCUGCCAAAUAUGAACCAGUGAGGAUGGCAAUCACAGAGGUGAAAAAGGAGCCCAUAGAAGAUGUGGAUGUCACAGAAAAAGAAUUAAUUAAGAUAAACAAACCACCCCCUAGUAAAGUGGACCAGUAUAUGUGCCUGGUGUGUGGCAGUGGGAGUGCAGAGGACCGCCUGCUGCUGUGUGACGGCUGUGACGACAGCUAUCACAUCUUCUGUCUGAUCCCUCCCCUCCACGAUGUUCCCAAAGGAGACUGGAGGUGCCCCAAGUGCCUGGCUCAGGAAUGUGGCAAACCUCCUGUUGCAUUUGGCUUUGAGCAGGCAAGCAGAAGCUACACUCUCCAAGCUUUUGGAGACAUGGCCGAUUCCUUUAAGUCUGAUUAUUUCAACAUGCCAGUUCAUAUGGUUCCUACUGAGCUGGUGGAGAAAGAGUUCUGGCGUCUGGUCAGCACCAUUGAAGAGGACGUCACUGUGGAGUAUGGAGCAGACAUUGCCUCCAAGGAGUUUGGGAGCGGUUUCCCUGUGAGGAACAGUCAUUUUGAAAUUGCUCCUGAGGACGAGCAUUACCUGACCAGCGGCUGGAACCUGAACAACAUGCCAGUGCUUGAUGCUUCGGUGCUGACUCACAUUACAGCCGACAUCUGUGGGAUGAAGUUACCCUGGCUGUAUGUGGGCAUGUGCUUCUCCUCCUUCUGCUGGCACAUUGAGGACCACUGGAGCUACUCCAUCAACUACCUUCAUUGGGGGGAGCCAAAGACAUGGUAUGGGGCACCUGGUUAUGCUGCUGAGCACCUCGAGACAGUCAUGAAGAAUCUGGCACCUGAGCUGUUUGAGUCGCAGCCAGACCUCCUUCACCAGCUGGUCACCAUCAUGAACCCCAACACACUGAUGAACAAUGGUGUCCCGAUCUAUCGCACCAACCAGUGUGCAGGCGAGUUUGUCAUCACUUUCCCCAGAGCAUACCACAGUGGUUUCAACCAGGGCUUUAACUUUGCUGAAGCUGUCAACUUCUGCACCAUGGACUGGAUGCCUAUUGGCCGUAACUGUAUUAGCCAUUAUCGCCAGCUGAGCAGGUACUGCGUUUUCUCCCAUGACGAGAUGGUUUGUAAUAUGGCCUGGAAAGCUGACACAAUGGACGUGGACCUGGCAGCUGCAGUGCAGAAGGAGAUGACAGCCAUGAUUCAGGAGGAGGAAGAACUCAGAGAAAUGAUUAAAAAGAUGGGUGUGGUGCAGUCUCGACAGGUUGAUUAUGAACUGCUCCCAGACGAGGAGCGGCAGUGCUACAAGUGUCGGACCACCUGCUACCUGUCUGGCAUCACCUGUGCCUGCAGUCCUGACAAGAUGGUUUGUGUGUACCAUGCCCAGGACCUCUGCUCCUGUCCUCAUAGCAACCUCACACUCCAUUUUAAGUUUACACUGGAUGAGUUGUACCCCAUGAGGUCAGCGGUGAAGCUGCGUGCAGAGUCCUACAAAGACUGGGUCCGUAAUGUGCAGGACAUCCUGGAGAACAAAGGAAGCAAGAAAAAAGGUCUGGAGGAGCUCCACAGUCUGGUGGAGCAGGCAGAAACAAAGGGUUUCCCACAAAUCAACCUCCUGGAUCAGCUCCGUGUGGUCACCUCAGAGGCUGAUAAAGUUGCUGCAAUGGCACAACAGCUGCUCAAUGGGAAGAGGCAAACGAGGUAUCGCUCUGGUGGAGGAAAAUCCCAAAGCCAGAAUGAAUUAACUGUGGAGGAGUUGAGGUCUUUUGUGCGACAGUUUGACAGCUUGCCCUGUAGCAUCAGACAGGCUCCUUUACUGAAGGACUUGUUGACUCGGGUUGAUGACUUCCAGCAGCGCAGUGGACGUCUUCUCUCUGACGAGACACCGAGCCCACAGGAGCUGCAAGAGCUGCUGGACGUGAGUCUGGGCCUGGAUGUGGAGCUGCCUCAGCUGCCCCUGCUGAGGGAGAGGCUGGAACAGGCACGCUGGCUGGAGGCCGUGCAGCAGGCCAGCAGUCGGCCAGACAGCCUCUGUUUGGACACCAUGAGGAGGCUGAUAGACCAGGGAGUGGGUUUGGCCCCUCACAGCUCAGUGGAAAGAGCCAUGGCUCGCCUGCAGGAGCUGCUGACUGUGUCAGAGCAGUGGGAGGAGCGUGUGCUCAACCUCAUGGAGGCAAGACCGUAUCACAGCAUAGAGACUCUAGAAGCUGCUCUGCAGGAAGUAGAAAACAUCCCUGCAUACCUGCCAAACUGUCUGCAGCUGAAGGAUGUCGUCGCCAAGGCCAGGAGGUGGCUGCAUGAAGCUGAAGCACUCCAGCUUGGGGGGCGUAUUCCUGUGCUUGACAGCCUCUCUGAGCUGGUUCUCAGAGCAGAAAAUAUCCCAGUGAGACUCGACCUGCUGAAUAAUAGACUAGAGGCUCUUGUUAGUGACGUGCAGACCUGGAAGGAGAGCGCGGCAAAGACAUUCCUACUGAAAAACUCUCCUUUCUCUCUGUUAGAGGUGUUGUGUCCAAGAUGUGAUGUUGGGGCCGGAUAUCAGAAAUCAAGAUCUAAGAAAUCAAAAGAAGCAGUGCAAAUCUGUAAAAAAUCUUCAACAAAACUGGAGUCUCUGAGUGAUGUGGAGAGAGCACUCUCAGAGAGUAAAGACUCUGCCUCUGCUAUGGCCACUCUUGCUGAGGUCCACCAGAGGGAGAUGGAGACCUUGUUAGCCCUUCGUUCUUCAAAUGAGUCCAAGCUGCUUCCUGCUGAGAACUGUUGUGCACUUAGUGUUUGUGUUUGCCAAAAGGCUCCUUCGGGUGUCAUGGUGCAGUGUGAGCUCUGUCGAGAAGUUUUUCACUGUGGCUGCGUUACAACAACCACAGAGCAAGAGUAUGGCCGAGCCUGGCUCUGCCCGCUUUGCCAGCGAUCGAGGAAACCCCCUCUGGAUAAGGUCCUGCCCUUGUUAGCUUCGCUUCAGAGGAUUCGGGUUCGACUCCCAGAGGGAGAUGCACUGCGGUUUCUCAUAGAGAGGACAGUGCGAUGGCAGCACAGAGUUCAGCAGGCGUGCACAGAGGGAGUGUUGGAGAAAGUGUCAAAGAUGGGGAGAAAUGGAUUGUCUACCCAUCCAACGUAUGAGAGAAAUGGUUGGGUUUUUCACACAGAGCACCAGUGUGUUCCUCUCCAGGGCCUGAGUCCUGAGCUGGAGGAGCUUAUGGUGGAGGGUUUCCUCCUUCAGGUCACUCUUCCUGAGACCGAGCAGCUAUACAGGUACCUGUUGUAUAAACUGGCCCCCCGACGGUCACAUUGCUCCCCUAGUGGGAGUGACACAGACGAGGACCGACAUUCUCAUAGAGGGAGCCCACACCACAAAAAGAAUGGAGUUUCCAGUCUUAAAAAGGAGGCAGUGAACGGACAGAGUAAAAGGACCAAACGACGGAAGGAAAGCUCUGACUCUCAGCACAGCGACAAGGCCAAGAAGAAGAAGAAGAAGUCAAAGAAAAGCAAAGAGAGGAGUGAAGAAACAAAAAGGACCUGUUCUCCAACACACACUGUGUCUGACCCCGCUCCCUCAGACUCAGAGGAGGACUUCUCACUAUGUGCCGCACCGUGGUGCAGGGAGCCAGAGGGUGAUGAGGUGAACUGGGUGCAAUGUGACGGCAGCUGCAAUCAGUGGUUCCAUCAGGUUUGUGUAGGACUUUCUGCAGAGCGAGCAGAGAAGGAGGACUAUAUUUGUAUAAGCUGCACACAGCCGGACUACGACCGAGGAGAAUGAAGACCAAAAAAGUGACAUUUGAAGGAUCAGCAGUUUUUGUUGCAGGCUGCAGCACUUAAACGCACACCUGAACUCUGUGUCCUGCGGCUCCUCCCCUUUACCUUCUGGCUUGCCCGUAGUGAACAUGGUGCUAUUUACUGUUUUUUUUUUUUCCAGACUUACAAAAAGACUUCUGUCUCUUUCUCCUCACAUGGCUGCUUUUUCAGCCAAUCAACUAAUCAUUUCUGAAACUUUCCAAGACUUGCUGCAGGUGUAAAAUAUGGUUAACUGUUCAAGAACAGUGCAGGGAUUUUUCAACCAAAAAAAUUUGACAUCACAUUUUAGAAUCGCUUUUUUUACAUGCAUCUGAACAAUGUGAAACUUAUCUUUCUCUUGUAGAGUAAAUAUUAUUUAUCUAAGCAAUAACAGAACUGAUUAAUUGAGGUUCGGUUUUCACCUGAGCUAUAUUUGUGCUUAGAAAUUCUUUGAUAGAAGAAACCCUGAAUUCACUUUAAGAAUCCUUUGACAUAAACGGUUCGAUUAAACAUUUGUGAACAGGAAUAACUUGAACCAGAAACCAGAGAGCCACUGAGCUCCUUAUUCUAAUUUGUGCACAAUUUGCACCUGAAUAAUUGCCUGUGUCCCUUAAAAGAAAAAAAUCUCUGACUUUGAUAUGAAAUCGAAUCCCUUCAGCGCUGUCUGCAUAUACAAGUCCUGAAUCCCUUGUUACUGACACUGGGUAGGACUUGGUUUUGUUCACAGGAUGAGUUUGAACUGUCCGACAUCAAAGGAAUGUACAUUUUGUGUGGCUUUUCCCUUUAUGGUUUAGGAUGAAAAUAUUGUGUUGGACUUAGAUUUAACACAGACUGUGUGAUUUAUUCGCUUCGGGUAUAUACAGUAUGACCUUUUUCUGCUCCUUUGGGUAAAUAAUAUAAUUCACAUGUUGCAGUUUGCAUUAUAAAAUAAAAAAAAUGUUUGU